AUGGUUGUUCUCCGGAAAGACUCGGACGUACUCAAGCGCAUAUUAAACAAGCCAGGAGUACAAAAAGCCGAAAGCCACGACGCCGAGUCGCCACAAACCGAGGGCACCGAAGACAUACUUUUUGCGCCAUUGGAACCCUUAGCUUCGAAAAACCAGAUUCCCGCCAACGUCUUUCCAGAUGCGCCACCCCCAGGAAGCUUUGAAAUAACAGGAGAUACUGCACAAGCGUUCGAUGCUUUCCUCAACAACGACAGGUUCUUCGAAGAGAUGAAUCUAGUCGCAUCGAACAAGCUCAUGGGAAAUGUCGGCGCAUAUAAGCAAAAUGAUCCACCCAACGUGAGCAAUCUGUCUUCUGGGUUCUCAGCAAACAGCCUCUACAACCUCAUAUCCAACCAUCCAGGCCCCAUCAUUGAAUCUGGCUACCUCCACAACGUGCCAACACAACCGGGAAUGGCAAAUUCCGGAACACAAACCAAGGGACGCACAUCUGGAGGCUCACUUACUACCCUUGAGUCGGUCAUAGAGGAGGUUCUCUCUACGAUGAAGUUUCAUGCGAUAAGAGACCGACUUGAGAUUCCACGGUCAACGCUAUCUCUUUCCCCAGAGGAGAUUGAGAUCUUUGAUAGCUACACGCGCACUGGCGUUACUUCUCUUGCAGUACGGGCUUUCUUGAAAAGCACUCAUCUUGGCGGAUAUACUCGUGUGAUGGGUUUCGCGGGGCUUGUAGAAAGCAUCAUGCAAUGGCGAAUGGCACCAACUAGCGAGAACCGGGCCAAAAUACCUCAUCCAUUCACGCCUACCGUCCUUCAGCAACGAUUCACCGAUCACCAUCCGGCCAUCGAUUUCAUGACAUGGGGAGACCUUCGAGAUCAGCUACUCCUUUACGUCAACCUGGAUAGCGUCGACCUCAACAAACUCCUUUACGACUCUGUCCGAUGUGUCGUUCGGGAGUUUCAGCAGCUUCAACUUGCAGUUCCGGUGUUAGAUACAGUUGCCUACAUAGCGAUUACACAUGGUGCUGUGUCAACUAAGGCGACGACAGCGACGAAUGAAACCUAUGGCCCCAACUAUGAACUCAAGGAUGAAAGUCAUAUGCAGGCGGUGGUCGACCGAAUUCAUAAGUAUGGAUUUGACAAGCUCGAAGAACGCAAGAUUUCUCCCACCUUUGGGGUGGCCUAUCCAUUCUUGGACAUCUCGAACACUGUCACCAAGAUGCCCGUGGUGGACUACAGGUCUAUCCAAAGCUGCUUUUGA